CACGUACCACGCACCCAGACCCACAAUUACCAAGUCUAUGAAAAUGGUAGCAGCAGCAAAAUAUGCCCGAGCUGAGAGAGAGCUGAAACCAGCUCGAAUAUAUGGAUUGGGAUCUUUGGCUUUGUAUGAAAAAGCUGAUAUCAAGCUUCCUGAAGACAAGAAGAAACACCUCCUUAUUGGUGUGUCCUCAGAUCGAGGACUGUGUGGUGCUAUUCAUUCCUCCAUUGCUAAACAGAUGAAAAGUGAGGUUGCUACGCUAACAGCAGCUGGGAAAGAAGUUAUGCUUGUUGGAAUUGGUGACAAAAUCAGAGGCAUACUUUAUAGGACUCAUUCUGACCAGUUUCUGGUGGCAUUCAAAGAAGUGGGAAGAAAGCCCCCCACUUUUGGAGAUGCGUCAGUCAUUGCCCUUGAAUUACUAAAUUCUGGAUAUGAAUUUGAUGAAGGCUCCAUCAUCUUUAAUCGAUUCAGGUCUGUCAUCUCCUAUAAGACAGAAGAAAAGCCCAUCUUUUCCCUUAAUACCAUUGCAAGUGCUGGUGAGUAGUUUUUCUACUACAUAUAUUUUUUGGCAUGUAGAAUGAAGAGAUUUGUCCACUAAGGCAGACAGUGUCAAGAUGUGUAGUGGUAGCAAUAGCACUAUAGCAAAUGAUUUGGGGCUUUUUU